GCAGCGUCAGCGCCAUCCUGUAUCUAUAAAAUUUAAUUAUUCCAGUGUCCGACUCCGAAUGUGCCCCUUUAAUAUCAUACAGUACUUGGCAAGUAUCGUGUAUAACCACACUCGAACGGUUCAUAUCAAGACAAAAAAAAUGUUUGAAAAUCAUUUUUUAUCCGUCAUUAACAACCACAAAUCCAACUCGUCCCUGAACUCGGCUUCCUGGCAAUCGACUGUCAUAAAAAAAAAAAAAACCAGUACAUUAUUUCAUUCAUGAUUGAUUCUUUAUUAAAUCACUGUGCCAAUGACUGGGUUUACAAUGUUUUAUGCGUUACCAUUUUUUUGUUAGUUUGAUGUGUUCCUUUAGUAAAUAGUGCAUAUCAAAUCUGUGAUUCUCAUCCUGUGAAUGAUUAUUAAGAUUUUCUCUUAAACAUACUAGCCAAUUGUGUAUCGUAGAUUAAACCAUGGAGGGUGUCGGUAGGAACAGUUCAAACGCUUUCACAGAAAUAACCGGAGUAGUGAUCGUAGGAGCUGGGAUUGCUGGCUUGGGAGCUGCCAGAACUCUUGAACAAUCAAACUUCAAAGACUAUGUUCUACUUGAAGCACAAUCACAAGUGGGAGGCAGAAUAUGUUCAGUUUCAUGGAAUGGAGGGGAUGGCUGGUUGGAAAAAGGUGCUCAAUUUUUACACGGCACCGAAAGUCCACUGGGAAAACUGAUUCUAGAAAAAGGUUUGCUUUCUGAUGAGGACGGGUCAGAGGGUCAAGGCUUAUUUUACAAUGAAGAUGGCAUCGCCCUGAAGGGAAAAGUUGUUACAGAAGUCAGUGACCACAUAAAAAAUAUUUUAGAGGAUUGCGAGGUUUAUUCAGAAUUCCAUGUUUCGCAAAAUCGAGCCAAGGAUAAUAUUGGCCAAGUUUUGAGACGCAAGUUCAAAGAACUACUUUUACCGAGAAAUACACCGGAACCUUUAAAAUCAACCAGAGAGGAGUUAUUCGAUUGGAACGUUAAAUUUAUUGUUAUCGACAAUGCGUGCACGUCACUCAAUGAACUUUCAGUAGAAAGAUGGGGAGAUUACAAAGCUGUUAAUGGUCCAGAAUAUGGAAUUUUCAAUACCCACUAUGGAUCAGUCGUAGAAUCUAUUGCAGGAGAAUUGACUCAAGAGAACAUCAGACUUGAGUGUCCAGUUAAGAGGGUUGAGUGGGACAACAAAGUUACUUCGGAAAAUGAAAAAGCGGUAAAAAUAACGUUAAAGAGCGGCAAAACGAUAAUGGCCGACUGCGCCAUUGUUACCUGUUCGUUGGGCUACCUAAAAGAAAACCACUAUAAAUUAUUCAGUCCUCCGUUACCUCAGUGUUACACCACCGCGAUAACCAGUAUGGGAUUUGGCGUGAUAAAUAAAGUCUUUCUUGAUUUUGAGGAGCCCUGGUGGGAACCAAAAACAAAAGGCUUUCAAUUCCUAUGGAGUGGAGAUAAAGAGGAAGAUUCCCUUAGAAACUAUACCGUCAAGAACAAAUUGCCAUCCUGGUUGCGCGAUCUUACGGGUUUCGACGUUGUCCCGACGCACCGAGCGGUACUUCUCGGGUGGAUCGGGGGAAAAGGUGCUGAGAUUGUCGAGACGCUCAAUGAAGAAGAGAUUAUUAAAGACUGUGCUCAGCUGCUUAGGUAUUUCGUUAAGGACGCCUCUAUACCUGAAGCCAGCAGGUGUCUUAGGACUUGCUGGGGAAGCAAUGAAUACGUAAGGGGCGCUUACUGUCACAUAACAAAGAAGUGUGACGACUGCGGUGCUUCACCAAGUGUCUUGGCCGAGCCUAUUUGUAGGAAAAUUCAAUGCAAUGACGGAAUUGAGAAGCGUCUUCCUAUUUUACUGCUAGCUGGAGAGGCUACACAUCCACAUCAUUACUCCACAACUCACGGAGCUUAUGAUACUGGGGUGAAACAAGCUCAAAUUUUUCUACGUGACCAUCAUCUGAUGUAUUAGAUUUUUUACCAAGAUUUUUAAGAAAAAAAUCUUAUGUAUAUGAUUGUCACACGUUGUU